AUGAGCAGGGUUGGAAGCGCUAUCGCCCGUCUGGACUGCGGUGUCACCGAAGGUUGCUUUGCCGGUUACCCCUUCCGACCGGGCUCAACCAGAAAAAGCGAUUGCGAGGCUCAGGAGCUAGAACCAGACCAGAAGGCUUCCCCGGAGACCCUUCAAUCUCCGCUCCUAGGCUCGAUGGACAUGGCAGGGCAUGGGUUCAAUUACGUGCUCCAUUCAUUUCUGAUGGAGUCGCAUGUUGCAAAGAGGAAAGGCGUCCCCAGCAGAAGUGGAGAUACAUUGGAACACCCCGAUGCACUGACUCGGAGGGUCGGUUUCUGUGACCCGGUUAUCCGAACGAACCCCGUCUGUCUAUAUCUCCGGGCCGUUUUCUACAUGCCCCCGGUACUCCACCGGCCCCUGUGCCAUCUCAUCGGUCAAUCAUCGGAGACAAACCCCUUGCGGAACAACCGUAGAAGCUUGGUUCUCAGGACGAUGUACUUACCAACAUGGGCAGGUGUGCAGGGAUAUAUCCUGGGUGAAAAUAGGAUCAAGUAG